UGUAGGUAGUGGUCGAAAUAAUUCACCAAAAAGAAUCGAGUGGAGCAAACAUGGUCUCUCGAGCGCUCCUGCUGGCACUUGCGGUCGCUCUGGUAACCGUCGAGGCCGCCAUCGCCAGAGUAAAACCCUUGCAAAGGCAAGGUAAGAUACCUGGAGCAGAGGAGGUCGCUAUUGCUGAGUACCUCAACGGACAAUAUGAGCUGGAUGCCUCAGCAACGUGCAACCAAUUGGUACUCGCCGACUGGGGUUAUACCACCGACGUCAACAACGCCACCGCCGAGGACGCUCUGCUCCAAGCAACUCUAGAAUCGGCAGCAUUCACCAAAAGCCAAUGGGAACAGUACUUCCGCGACGAAAAUUGGGAAACCUACGAAGACCCUAGCGUCAAACGUCAAGUCAUGUUCCUCUCAGUCUUAGGGACUCCUGCACUAAGCGACACUGACCUUGAACAGUACAACAGAGAAAUCACGACAAUGACUCAAAUUUAUAGUGCAGCCCGUAUUUGCCCAUAUAUCAACCAAGGAUGUAAUAUUGAAACCGAAGGGAUUCGACUUGAGCCUGACAUGGAGAAUGUGUUGGCUACUUCUCGUGACUACGAAGAACUGAAAUACGUCUGGUCUCAAUGGAGAGAUGCCUCCGGCGCCAAUAUGCGUUCCAAUUAUCAGAGCUAUGUUACUCUUAGUAACAAAGCUGCUCAGGCCAAUGGAUUCGAGAACAUGGGUACAAUGUGGCAGGCUGAUUUCGAGACUCCAGAUUUCCAGGCGGACAUUGACCGACUGUGGGCUGAAGUGAAGCCUCUGUAUGACCGACUGCACGCUUACGCUCUAAAAAAACUGCGAGACGUUUAUGGUGACCAGAUUCCUGCAGGAGACAAGAUCCCAGCUCAUCUUUUAGGAAACAUGUGGGCUCAGUCUUGGGAUAAUAUUUAUGACAUCCUCGUCCCGUUCCCUAACGCCACUAAAGUUGACAUCACACAGGCUAUGCUUGAUCAGGGAUAUGACGUUCCUAGAAUGUUUGAUGUGGCCAAUGAAUUUUAUACCUCUCUCGGGUUGGAGCCAAUGGUAAUGUCGUACACCGGGAAUUCCAUCAUCGAGCAACCAGACGACAGAGAUAUUUUGUGCCAUGCAUCAGCCUGGGACUUCUGUGACAGAACUGAUUUCAGAAUCAAGAUGUGCACCAACGUUGACGAGGAAGAUUUCAUCACAGUUCACCAUGAACUCGGUCACAUUGAGUAUUUCAUUUUGUACAAAGAUCAGCCAAUUACCUUCCGCAAAGGAGCGAAUCCAGGUUUCCACGAGGCUGUUGGAGAUGUUAUUGCUUUAUCGGUGAAAAAUCCCUACCACUACCAAGCAAUUGGUCUGCUGGAAAACUACGAGGACAGCUAUGAAAACUCGAUCAACACACUCCUUCGAUUUGCAUUGGGCAAGGUCGCCUUUCUACCUUUCGCCGUUCUAAUUGACAAAUGGCGCUGGGAAGUUUUUGCUGGAACCACCACUGAAGAUAAAUGGAACGCUCGUUGGUGGGAACUCAGAAAUGAGCUGCAAAUGUUGUCAGCCCCUGUUGAAAGAACUGAGCAGCACUUUGACCCUGGAGCAAAAUACCACGUUGCAGGCAAUUCCCAAUAUAUUUCAUACUUCAUUGCCCACAUCCUGCAAUUCCAACUUCACCGUGCCCUGUGCAUUGAAGCCGGCCAGUACGACCCCAACAACCCUGAUGAAAAACCUCUAUACACUUGCGACAUUUACAAAUCCACCGCAGCAGGAGCAAAGCUCAGGGCUGGUCUCGAGCUUGGCGGCUCCUUGCAUUGGGUCGAGACUUUGAAAUUGCUGACAGGAGAAGAAAGCCUCAGCGGAAAGGCAAUGUUGGAGUAUUUCAAACCACUUUUCGAUUUCCUUGAACCUGAACCUCCUGUGGAUCAAACGGUCCCCAUCGUGGUAGGUGCCAUCCUAGGUGGCGUCGUUGUUAUAGCUCUUGUGGGAUACUUUGUUAACCAAUACCGCAACAGAAAUAAGGAUUAGCAUUAAUAUCUGUUAACAGCAAUGCAUUGAUAAUUGUGUAAGAUUUGGAAUGACAUUAAUUUCUCGCUUUGUCCACUUUGCUCAAUAAAGGUAUAUUUUCAGUAAUUGCAAGUUAGGAAGAA